CUGAACUUGAGAGCCGCCGACUCAAAUCCUCAACUCGAAGCCAUCCGAAAAUGGGGAAGAACGGGAAGAAACAACACCAAAACCAACGUAAUCGCAAGCCGGCAUCGUACUAUCUCGAAGACGAUGAACAACAAAGUUACCCUUUAAGUCAGCCGGCGCCUUCUUUUCAGUCCGAUCCUAAUUCAAGCCUCUCCGACGAAGAAACAGAAUCAGACGACAAACAAGACCAAAACCCAUCAGUUGAUGAUGAUCAUCUCCCAUCGAAGUUCUCACUUUAUCAGCAAUCUGUACAGUCGCCUAAAGGAGACAUUAGUUAUCUACAGAAGUUCUUUCUGACUUAUGUUGGUGGGAGGGCACCCCUCCAUCUCCAAGAAGAUUUCUGUGGCACUGCUCUGCUCAGUACAGAAUGGCUUCGGAGUGAUUCAAGAAGAACUGCUGUAGGUUUAGAUCUGGAUGUUGAGGCUCUUGAUUGGUGCAUGGAGAACAAUGUUAACAAAGUUGGGGCUGAUUUAUCUUCCAGAAUUUUUCUGUACCAUGGGAAUGUUUUGCAACCUCUUGAAGCUAAACUAGUAAAGUCCAAUCUUCAAAACAUCAUGCAUAACGUAACGCUUGAAGAGAAGGGAAAUGGUUCUGAAUCCAUUGCCGAUUCUGAAGCACUUCCGGUUCCACCUAGAGACAUAAUAUGUGCUUUUAACUAUAGUUGUUGCUGCCUCCAUAGUCGUCAAGAACUCAUUUCAUAUUUCAAACAUGCCCUUCAUGCGUUGUCUAAAAAAGGCGGGAUUUUUGUGAUGGAUCUUUAUGGAGGUACAUCAUCCGAAUGUGAACUUAGGAUGCAAAGAAGAUUUCCAAAUUUCACGUAUACCUGGGAACAAGCUGGAUUUGACAUCAUUCAAAGGAAAACUAGAAUCAGUCUACAUUUUACUCUGCAAAAGCAACAGAAGAAGAAACUUCGCCAUGCAUUUUCUUACAGCUGGAGACUGUGGUCAUUGCCAGAGAUUAAAGAUUGUUUGGAAGAAGCUGGAUUUCGGUCUGUCCAUUUUUGGAUUCGCCAAAUGCCAGACAGCGAGAAUAUCAAAAGCAUGGAAGGGUUUGGUGCUGCUCGAGAUAUCAAGUACGAAGAAGUUACAAGUUUUCAGCAGCAAGACUCAUGGAAUGCUUAUAUUGUUGGUGUUUCAUAGCGAUUCCUCUAGUUCAGUCUUUUCUGCCAAGUGAUAUUAAUGGUAAAAUGGUAGUUUUUUAGCUGUUAUGUUCUUGAUCAACAUGGUGCAUUGAACAACAGACUCUCAACAGUUCUUUUAGCUGUUAUCUUUUUACUGAAAACUUGAAGCUGUUUUUUGAAAUUUGCUUUCUUGGUC